UCCCCAGGCUUCUUUUGUUCGCUUCUGUAUCUGGGUUUUCUUUUUGGUUUGAGAUGGUCUCAUGUUUUUGUUGCGUUUCUGAAUGAUCGUCUUCUGGGUCGUGUUAUCUUAACAUUGGUUGUAAAAUGAGUGCGUUUUGGGUUACCCCGUUCCUGUCUUUGAUUUGAUUUGUUGCGAUUCAUUGUUAUGCUCUGUCAAUCUGUUAUUGUAUAUUUGUUGAUGGACUUACAAUGGGACUACUUUUAUGUUCUGUUUCUUUGUGUUUCUGCCGUUAUUUAUUUGCUGAAGCUUUAUGGAUUGGUGCUUUAUUUAUAUGCACGUUGUGUAGGAUUUUGUUGCAUAUUGGUGAUAAGAACCUUCGUAUUCGCGUUCAUAAUUCUGUCUGGAUUCAAUAUGCAUGGAUAGAGACAGUGUUUGAAACAUGUGUGUAUAUCGAAUGCCGGAUAAGGUGUUCUGAUAAGGGAACAUUACUGGCUGGUGGGGAUCAGGCGGUACGAUUUAAAAGAUACAUCUUUUCAGUCGGGCUUGUGCUAAUUAGGAGUUUGGAGAUGAGUCUCGUGAAUUGAAUGGAUAUAUGUCGAUUUGCCUUGCAUAGUUACCCGCAUUAUCUCCCACCUUUAUCAAAUCUCAUCAAGCCUGCUAUUGUGUUGUCAUCCUCUUCAAGCUGCCGUCCUAGACUAGCUAAGUUGGCACAACUGUCACACAAUUACUCAAAUCCAACUACUAAUACUAGAGUGAGCUGUGCCGCCUCCUAUUCUUCAUCAGCAUCCUCGUCAAUGGAAGCCCCUCCCGAAGGUUAUAGAAGGAAUGUUGGUAUCUGCCUCAUCAAUGAUUCGAAGAAGAUUUUUGCUGCUACGAGGUUGGACAUACCUGAUUCCUGGCAAAUGCCACAGGGUGGCAUUGAUGAGGGUGAAGAUCCAAGAAAUGCAGCAAUCAGGGAAUUGAGAGAAGAGACAGGAGUUCAGUCAGCAGAAAUUCUUGCAGAGACACCUCAUUGGUUGACCUAUGAUUUCCCGCCAGAAGUUAGAGCAAAACUUCAGAGACUGUGGGGAUCAGAUUGGAAGGGCCAAGCACAAAAGUGGUUUCUUUUUAAGUUCACUGGGAAGGAUGAAGAAGUCAAUCUUCUUGGUGAUGGCAGUGAAAAACCUGAGUUUGGCGAGUGGUCAUGGAUAUCACCAGAACAAGUAGUUGAUCUUGCUGUGGAUUUUAAGAAGCCUGUUUACAAGGAAGUUUUUGCGGUUUUCGCACCCUAUUUUCAAUAAACAUUAGGUUCUGCAAUAUCAGAAGGCUUGUUCCUACCGGAUAUGACAUUAUGACAUCCAUGUUACACACUUUGUGCAGAAAUUAAAUGGCGUACUCUUACUUUCAUUCA